AUGAAGGAAGUUUCAGUAAUAUUUCUGUUAUCGAUAGUGAAACUAAAGGCUCAAAGCGAUCCUGGAGCUACAGUAUCCUCAAUUUAUCCACCAUCUACAAUAUCCCCAAUUUAUCCAGAAGCCACAGUAUCUUCAUUGUAUCCAGUUACUGUUUCCCCAAUUUAUCCAGAAGCUACUGUAUCCCCUAUCUAUCCACCUACAAUAUCUCCGAUAUAUCCAGAGACUACCGUAUCCCCAUUGUAUCCGGAUACUGUAUCCCCCAUCUAUCCACCUACAAUAUCUCCAUUGUAUCCGGUCACUGUGUCCCCGAUAUAUCCCGAAACUACAGUGUCUCCUCUUUACCCGCCAACAGUUUCCCCCAUUUUUCCGUAUACUGUAGAAAGUACAGUUUCUCCUAUCUAUCCACCUACGUUAUCCCCAAUCUAUCCCGCAGACACUACCGUGUCCCCAAUGUAUCCAGCUUUUGAGGGAACUACAGUAUCCCCAAUCUACCCUCCUGCUAUAGACACUACAGUAAUCCCGACGACCACUGUUCCUGAAACUACUACUCCAAACGAUCCAUUUUGGGAUUUUCGAUGCACCCCUGCUUGUACACUGGAAUUCGAUUCUCUCACAUUAUCCUCUAUGAAAUACUUCCCAGUUUUAUGUGAAACGGUUUGUACAAGAACAACUCUCCGAAUCGGAAUCGAAUGUGAUAUGACUGAAAAACAAAUGAACGAUACGCUGAAAAAUAUGAAACAUUUGGUGGGCGGACUUUUGGUUUCAAGGUCGAAAUUCAAAUCGGCACAAUUUUUGGCAAAUUUAGAAUCUAUUGAUUGUGGUGGGCACUGGAAAUGCGCCAAUGUCCGAGAAAUGCACAUGGUUGCGUUUCCCGUGCAUCAACUCAAAAUUACAGGAAACCUUUGGGACUUCAAAGUCAACUUGAACGAUCGAAUGACCGAAAUCGGAAUGCCAAACUUGAAAAAUGUCUCUUGUCGAGUUUUCAUCCUCAAUAAUAACAAUAUGACCAGAUUAAAUUUGCCGAAACUUAUCCCCAUUCACUCUCCACUUGCUCCGAAUUACACACUUGAAGUGGAAGUUUCCUACAAUUUACACCCAGAGUUUUGUAUUUCCCUCCAAGAAAUGUCCAAUUUUAUGACCUACGACUAUAUUCGGUUUAGUCUGCUAACCGGAUCAUUCUGCCCUCAGAGUCACACGUCAUCAGAAGCGAAGACGUGCGAUUUGGUGAAUUAUACAUGGUCGGAAAUGAGCACAGAUUGUGUAAACGUUCAUGGAGAUGUUAUAAUUCAUGAGGAAAAUGAGGAUCAUGCGGAUAAAUUGGCUUCUGUGGUUAACAUUUUUGGAAGCUUGAUUAUUAUAAGAACCAACUUGACAAGUAUUGAUUUUCUAGACAAUUUGGAGCAUAUCAUUUCGUUGACAGAUGAGCAACCAGCGUUGAUUGUGGAACAGAACGAGAUGCUAGCAAAUGUGUCGUUCCCAAAAUUGGAGAGAGUCACUUCGCGUGCAUACGUUCCUGUCAGAUUUGAUAAUAACAGUUUGGAAUUGAUCAAGUCUCCUAGUUUCUGUUAUGAUAUUCGGAAUGGAAUCACAAAAAGUGAUACGUGGAUUGUGAAGUUUGAUGAUAAAGUUUGUGAAGACGUGGAGAAGGCGGCGGCGGCUUCUGUGGUCAAAGACAAAUCUUCCCGAACCACUGGUGGAAGACAAAUAUUGAUGAUUUUGGCGGCAGUUGGAUUUAUUUUUGGUUUUUAG